AUGGGCGCUAGUUUUUCAGUCUUGGCACUAUUCUUUAAAUUGGGGCUUCAACCAGAUGUCACUACCGUCAACACUCUAAUAAGGGGCUUGGGCCUUGAUAGCAGAGUUCAUGAGGCUGAUGCACUUGUCCGCAAAAUAGCCUUUUUUGGAGAAGGAUGUAAGCCCAAUGCUGUUACUUUUGGUACGUUAAUAGAUGCUUCAUGCAAACCAAGGCAAAAUGGCAGGGCUAUUCAAAUGCUUAGGUUGAUGGAAAAAUAUGACUGCCAACUUUAUGUAGUUGUCUACAGCACAAUAAUCGACAGCCUUUGUAAGGACCAACUUGUUGCUGAGGCCUUCAAGCUCUUCUCAGAAAUGGAAAGUAAGGGUAUUCCCCCAAACAUCGUCACCUAUACGUCUUUGUUUCUGGGUUUAUGCAAAUCAUGUCCGUCGGAGGCAACACAAUUCUUCACAGAGAUUGAGGAGUAA